AUGGAUUCUAAUGGAGAAAAACGUGAUUGUCAAAGUGUACCUCUGGAUGUACUUGGUAGCCUACCAGAGAGUGUAAUCGAUGAUAUUCUUAUAUGUUUGCCUUUACGAGAUGCUGUGAGGACUAGCAUGUUAUCUCGGAAAUGGAGAUAUAAAUGGUGCAGAAUAUCUCAAUUGAAACUUGAUGAUACCCUUUGGGAAACAACAAAAGACAUGAUAUCUCCUACAGUUAAAUUUACUAACAUUAUCUAUCAUCUUUUGACCUUUCAUGCCGGACCAAUUUCUAAGUUUAUCCUCUCCAUUCUUGAUCUUAGAGAUUGUCCUGAGAUUGACAAGUUGGUAUAUUUCCUCUCUAGGAAUGGCAUUCAGCAUCUUGAUCUUAGAUUCUUCAUGUAUAAACAAUACAAAGUGCCUUCUUCAAUUUUCACAUGUUUGCAAUUGAGACAUCUGUCUCUCGAAAGUUGUUCAAUACAGCUUGCUCCACCAGACUUCAAAGGAUUUGACAGGUUAAUUAGCCUGAAAUUAUGUCGCGUCGUAAUUUCUUCCAAAAUUCUUGAAAGUUUAAUCUCUAAUUGCCCGUUGCUCGAGCAGUUAUUAUUGCAUAAUAAUGCUUACAUUGGUGUCAUUGAAAUUAAUGCUCCUAUGCUGAGAUCCUUUGACUGUAUCGAAAGUACAGGAUUGAUAUGUUUAAAAAGUGUUUCUCAUCUUGCAAAACUUACACUUCGGCUUCGGCAUAGGAAAUAUCAUGUGGGAACAGGAAAUUUUUUUGAGUCGGUCUCUGCUCUUGAAUAUCUCCAGUUGAAUGCCUUUGGUCUUAAGUUCUUGGUUGCAGUUGCAGGUGAAGUACCAACAAGGCUCCCUUUUGAUGUUAAUUGUGUCAAACACCUUUGCCUAGUUGGCAUUAAUCUGGACCAAUUGGAUGUGAUCUCGUGUUUUCUUUGCUUGAUAAGAAGUUUCCUGUAUCUACAAUAUUUUGAAAUCCAGGUGCUUGAUAAAGAUGAUGAUAUUCCAGCACUAGAAUGUCUUGAAUUGGAAGCUUUCUCAGAUGUGACAUUUAAUCAUCUCAGGGAAGUUAAGCUAACACGUACUAUAGGCUCAGACCCUGAGAUGCAGCUUAUCAAAAUUUUGUUGGCCAAGUCUCCCGUGCUGGAGAGAAUGCUAAUUGAGCCCUUGAUAGCAGGUGAACAUGCUGGCAAAACAACCAAAAUCCCUGUUGUGCUAAACUCAUUUCGGCGUGCAUCACCUGAAGUACAAGUUGUUUAUCGUUAUUAUGGUGACUAA